UCUCUAAUUCAUAUCCCCUCUGAUUUGCUGCUGUAGUUUCUAGGCUUGCAGAAAUUGCUCUUCCUAAAGGCUACCGGUGGAUAUCAAGCUGCAGUUAGCUGCACAGUCACAGCCUUCUGUCAUGGAAAGGAGGCUUGUGAAGCAGGAGGUGAAAAGGCUGCUGGGAGAGUAUAUUGGAAUCAGACUUCGGGAAAAUGAAUUUGAUCCUAAAGGAAGAGGCCAACUCACCUUUCUAGAUGAUAUGGCCCACUAUGACUUGGCCAUCACUGUUGCUAAUCAAUGGCUUGAUCGCUCAGAAAACUCAGCUUGGCUCCAGUGGGAGAAAGUGAGAGCACCACUUCAUGUCAGACCUGUAUAUCCAAACCGAAAAGAGCGAGAAGCACUGAUCUUAUCAUCUUAUGCUGGAGUCUUAAUGAACAGUAUCCCAAUUGAAGAAGUCCUUAAAAUUUAUGGGGCCAAUUCUUCUGCUAGUCCUGAUUCUACCAAGGUCUCCCAGGCCCCGUUGCCCCGCCGCUCCUUGCACCCUUUUGCCAUGUUGACCGCACCCAGAGCAGCAGAGUGCAACCGGAGACAGAGUGUCAAGUUGAGAAGAGGAGCCGUGAGUAAAAAAGCCACCAGCAGCUCUACAAAGAAAGCAACGGCACAGAAUGGAGAUCCUGCCGAAGAAGGCGCUCAUACACACACCCCAAGAACAAAGUCACUUAGAAACGUGGACUAGCACCGUGGACGUGUAAGAGCUUCUAGGAGCAGCCAGGAUGUAGUCUUAAAGCUACAGCUGUCACCAGCACGCUCUCUGUCUCUCUGCAGUCAGCUCUUGAUGCAAACUGCAAUGACUAUCAUGUCUGCCACUGAGCUUCCUUCUUUUGGAAGCAUAUUGCACACCUGCAUUUUGACAAAAGGAAGAAGUGUGUCUAUCCUAUGCUAUUUCAUUGUAUGCCUGGAAGACUGCUGGAACAUCCAGAGGGGGGUUACUAUUUCUGGGUGGGAUUAGACAAUCUGGCUUUGAUACACAUUUUAAACGUGUAUAAACGUGUAUCAUUAAAUAUAGCAUAGAAUUCCGGAGAAGGAGGUGGUUUUUCACAAAGUUUUAACCACAAAUAAAAUCAAUUUCUCAUUAGCAUACUUUCAAAUGGAGAAAAUGUAAACUUAUUCCAUUUCAAUAAAGUUUGAAAAG